UUUUAUACGUCCACGAGAUCCACCACUAUUAUAUAAUCCCGCGAGGAGAAAAACCCAUUGUGAAGUAACAGAUUACUCGGAGAAACAACAUCCUCUUCCAUUUUUAUCGAUUUUCUCCUGCAAAUCAUUGUGUUAUAUGCGCUCCCAAACACAGUCUGAUCACGACCUCCCAUGGCGCACCAGCACAACCUCCACCAGAGGCGCGCGACUACAGACGCACUGCUGGCACCGGAGCUUCAUUAUGCCUCUCUCCACCUCAAACAGAAGCCUCUACUGUGGGACUGUGACAGUAGUCUCUAUGAUUCCUUCGAGCUCUUCACUUUUACUCAACAUCUCCAACGAGCAAUUGCCGCCGAGGGACCCCUGCUAUCGGCUUAUGUUACCAAAGAUGGGCGUGCCCGGAGUUUGUCAAUGCCCCACUAUGCCUUUACACCCACUCCUCGAUUCUACAACCCAGUUGUUAAGGAAGAUGUCGAUUUCUCUCAUCACUCUAAAAUUGAGCCGUUGCAUCUGAAGACGCGGAGCAGAGUCAGAGUUCCCAAAUUAGUUCAACGGCUCUUUACCAAGUCCAAAACUGGUGAGAAACAGCACGAUUUCCAUUCUAAGGCCGGCAGGACAUCAUUUGAGCGCUUGCUUUAUACAGCGACUCAUUACUGCUAAAAUUGUAUGCUUUCGCUUCAUAGUUGUUACAUUCGUUUUAUCUGUAAAUAGGCUGUUGUAGAUAUUUUGAAACUGGUUUUUUCAUUGCUUGUUAAAGAAGCCAGUCGUUCACAUGAAGGGGCAACUUGAACCGACUUUGAGUGAAAUCUGCGCCUGGGUUGACUGAGCAAUCAUUUAAUUAAACGCGUUUCAU